AUGAGCAGGAAGCCAGUAGUCAUAAGUGCUGCUCAGUUCAUAGACAACUGGUCUGAAGAGUACGGAGGCCACUGUACUGAUUAUGUCCAGCUGGCCUUUAUCACUUCUUGCCUGUCUAUUUUUGUGGGAGGUAUCAUUAUCAUCUUGAUGGUCAGGGUAAUCAAAUACAUAUCAGGUUGCUGCUUCCUUAGAUAUUCCAUUCGAUUUCAGCUGUUUACCAGUAAAAUGCCCUUGCUGAGGUUCUGGAAAGGACGGUUUCAAGACGUGGUGUUAACAAUGAUCUCAGCCCAGACUUCUGUAGGCCGUAUUCUGGUACUACUGGUGUUCCUGUUUAGUAUUGGGUCGCUCAUAAUUUACUUCAUCAACUGUUACAGUGUUCAACAGUUUUGCCUCUCCUUUGAAGACCAAACAAUUGUGAUCGAUCUGUUCUUUAAUUUAUUUUUCCUCUUUUACUUUGGAUUGCGGUUUUUGGCAGCAAGUGACAAGCUAAUGUUCUGGGUGGAACUUAAUUCCAUUGUGGAUUUCUUCACCAUAACUCCAGUCUGUAUGGCCUUCUAUUUAGGAAGAAAUUGGCUUGGCUUACGCUUCUUAAAAGCACUGAGAUUGAUGGAACUUCCCAAAAUAUUACAGUUCCUCCAAAUCACCACUAGUGGUACUGCAAUCAAACUGUCCAAACUACUAGCUGUAUUUCUCAGUACCUGGCUCACCGCUGCAGGAUUUCUUCACUGGAUGGAGAAUUCUGGAGAUCCCUGGGUACAUCCAAGAAAUUAUCAAAGCUUGACUUACUUUGAAUGCUUAUAUCUGAUCAUGGUAACUAUGUCUACAGUUGGAUAUGGAGAUGUAGUGGUCAAAACCACCUUAGGACGUGUGUUCAUACUUUUCUUCAUUGUUGGCGGUCUGAUCCUUUUUGCAAAUUUGGUGCCUGAAAUAGCAGAUAUUGUUGGAAGUAGAAGGCUCUACACGGGUUCCUAUGUAUUUGUGAAAGGCAGAAAGUUUAUUGUUGUUUGUGGCAAUAUCACUCUGACUAGUGUAACUGCUUUCUUAAGUGACUUCCUAGCUCAGGACAGAGGAGAAAUUGCAACUGAGAUUAUCUUUCUAGGAGAAAAUCCCCCUUCCCUGGAACUGGAAACUGUAUUCAAAUGUUACGCUGCGUAUACCACUUUCUUCCAAGGUUCUAUCAUGAAUAGUAAGGAUCUUCUGAGAGUUAAUAUGGGUAGUGCUGAAGCGUGCCUCAUUUUAGCUGAUAUAUGUUCUGUCCAUCCUUAUAUGGAGGAUACCUCCAACAUCAUGAGGGUGCUGUCUAUCAAGAAUCAUUUUCCAAAUACCAGAGUUAUAAUACAAAUCAUCCAGUCUUCUAAUAAGGUUUACUUGCCAAAGCUCCCUGGAUGGGACUGGAGAAAAGGAGAUAGUAUCAUCUGCUUUGCUGAGCUCAAACUUGGGUUAAUAGCCCAGAGUUGUGUGGUUCCAGGUUUGACCACAUUGUUGACCAGUCUAUUCAUUAGAGAAGAUAUCCAGGUACAGAAUAUGGAUUUUUUGAUUAAGUACCAGCAUGAAAUAGAAGGCCAAAACUAUAAAGUGAUGACUCAGCUUCUUUCCAAUGAUUUUGUUGGCAUGUCCUUCAAAGAAGUUUGCCGAUUGUGCUUUCUGAAGCUGGAUCUCAUACUUCUUGCUAUUGAGUUUCGAUCUGGCAAUCAAGGAAACAGCAUCCUGAUCAACCCAUCUUCCAUAAUUAAAAUGCAUCACAACACAAUGGGCUUUUUCAUUGCUGCAUCUGUCCAGGAACUCAGAAGAGCUUAUUAUUAUUGUACACAAUGCCACAGUGGGAUUACCAAUCCAGAGCUCAUUGUGAAGUGUCAUUGCAAAGGGAAAAGUGUGAAAAAACCAGUCCUAGAUUCUGGGAAGAAAACAAUCAUACAUAGUGAUAUGAGCAGUUCAGAUGAACAGAUAGCGCAUUCACGGUCCCUUGGGAUCCUCUCCUUCCUGGAUUUUUACUCAAGCAGUAGCAGACAUGCAGAAGAAGAAGAAGAAGAAGGAGCCAGUCAUAUCUCACUGGAUGCUACAGGGAUGUUUCACUGGUGUGAAGCUGUGACUUUUGAAAAGGCCCUCUUGAAAUCCAAAAGGAAGUUAUUUGGUGAAUUGCGUGAUCAUAUUGUAGUCUGUGUUUUUGGAGAUGCCACCUCAACCAUGAUUGGACUACGCAACUUUGUGAUGCCGCUGCGAGCUAGCAACUUUGCAUUCAGUGAGCUGAAGGACAUUGUCUUCGUUGGGAAUCUUGAAUACCUCCAGCGGGAAUGGGAAUUCAUCCAGAAUUUUCCAAAACUUCACUUACUGAAGGGCAGUGCAUUAUCUUGUGCAGAUCUGAAGGCAGCUGGCAUCAAGUAUUGCAGCAUGUGUGCUGUUCUGUCAGCCAAUGCCACAGAUGCUGGUAAUCAAACACUAGUGGAUACCAAAUCUAUCUUGGCUACUCUGAAUAUACGUUUCUUGCAGUUCAAGCAAACUCCAUCAACAGAACACGAUAGAAGGAGAAG